AUGCCAGGUCUGAUCUGGUUGUGCGUCCUCUUGAUCGUAUCUUGCCAUGAUGGCGUUGAUGGCGUCACGGAGUUCAUAUACAAUGGGUUCGCCGGCAGCAAGCUCCGCCUCGACGGUGAGGCUUCCAUCUCAAAACAAGGCGUCCUCUCUCUAACGAGGGACAGCUACUUCACCCAGGGGCAUGGCUUCCAUCCAGAACCUCUUCCGUUUGUCAAUUCCCAUGGUGUGUCCAUGAGCUUCUCUGCCACUUUCGUGUUCUCCAUUACGCCCAGCGACUAUGGCGGUUCCGGAGACGGGAUGGCGUUUGUCAUCUCCUUGGCCCCGCUAUCUGGUAUCUGGACAGAUGGGAAAUACUUGGGACUUGUCAAUGAGGAGGACGACGGUUCCAUACUUGCAAACCGUUUCUUCGCCAUCGAGCUCGACACAGGAGUCAACAAGGAGUUCGGAGAUAUAGAUGACAACCAUGUCGGGGCUGAUCUCAACAACCUAACGUCCACUGUCUCUUCAACCGCAGGCUACUACAGCGGCAAUGUCGAGCAGGACUUCAAUCCGCUGAGGCUUUCUAGUGGAAACCCAAUGCAAGUGUGGGUGGACUACAUCGAUAUGCACCUUGACAUCAGGCUUGCUCCUGUCGCCAUGUAUAAGCCCUCAUUACCGCUUUUGUCUUACUACCCUGUCGACCUUGCAAAGGUCCUCAAGAAUGACACCAAAUCAAAGGCAGGGGUUCCAACCACAGCAUACGUCGGUUUCUCUGCCUCCAACGGUGAUUGGCCAGAUUGGUGUGCGGCCCAUCAGAUUCUUGGGUGGAGCUUUAACAUGUAUGGACCGGCCGAACCACUUAACUUAUCACUGCUGCUGCCGCCAUUAAUACAAGUCCAAGAUAGUUCCAGACAAGAAGCCCAUGACAAGAAAAAAGUCGUCAAAUGGGUGACUGCAACUAUAUCUUCCCUUGCCAUACUUGCAGGUAUAACAGCUUGCCUUCUCCUUCGAUGGUGGUGGUGCAAGACGAGGAACUCAGAGUGGAACGAAGAUUGGGAGGCUGAGCUUGGCCCCCGCCGCUUCGCAUACUGGGACCUCCACAGGGCAACGGAUGGCUUCCGCGACAUGCAGCUUCUGGGAAAAGGCGGCUUUGGGCAAGUCUAUAGAGGAGCCCUGGGCAGCUCUGGGAUGGACAUCGCGGUGAAGCGGAUCUCCUCAGAAUCCAAGCAGGGGCUGGCCGAAUUCACAGCUGAAAUCAUCAUCCUUGGCCGCCUACGGCACCGGAACCUCGUUCGCUUGAUCGGCUAUUGUCGGCACAAGAAGGAGAUGCUCCUGGUCUACGAGUGCAUGCCCAACGGCAGCCUGGAUAGCUACCUGCAUGCCCAGACGAGGCAUGCAAUGCUCUCCUGGUCUCAGAGGCUUCACAUCAUCAAAGGCGUUGCGUCCGGGCUUCUGUACCUCCACGAGGACUGGGAACAAGUCAUCAUACACCGUGACGUCAAGGCCAGCAACGUGCUCCUGGAUGGGGAGAUGAACGGUCGGCUGGGUGACUUCGGCCUUGCCAGGCUGCACGACCAUGGUGCCGAUGCGCACACUACCCACGUGGCCGGCACGAGGGGCUACCUCGCCCCUGAGCUAACAAGGUUCGGCAAGGCGACCAAGGCCACAGAUGUGUUUGCGUUUGGUGCCUUCGUCCUAGAGGUGGCAUGCGGCAGGCGGCCCGUGGGGUUCAACGCCCGCGGUGAGCUGCUGGUGCUCGUCCAAUGGGUGCGAGACACGUGGGCGAGCGGCUCCGGCUCGAUCGUCGACACCAUUGACCCAAGACUGGACGAGUAUGCUGCUGAUGAGGCGGAGCUGGUGCUCAAGCUUGGGUUGUUGUGCUCGCACCCUUUACCUGUGGCGAGGCCCAGCAUCCGCCUUAUCAUGCGGUACCUUGAUGGGGAUUUACCUUUGCCCGAGUUCUCUCCUGGGUAUCUCAGCAUUACAGAUGUCGAUCAGGUUCUUGAUGAAGUGCCUCCGUCAGUGGCGAACAGCAUUACAGGUCUGUCUGGAGGUAGAUGA